AUGCGGCACAUCCACACGGAGACGUCGCUGCCCACGGAGCGCGGCACGGACCCCAGCCUGUCCCGGCCCAGUGGAGAGGCACCCUUGGAGCCUUCCUCACAGCGCUGCACCCACCGUGGCAUCCUCAUGGGCUACAAUGAGACAGAGAUCAAGCGCCAGAAGGUUUACCAGGUCUCCAUCUUCUCCCAUCUCUCCAGCUCCUCUGAGAGCACGGAGCAGCGGGCAGGCAGCCGGCCGGCCGUCAAGAGGGGUUACCCCGAGCAGCGAACUCCAGAGCCGGGGAGAGAUCCCAAACGAACUCACUGGGGUGGCGGGGGGGUGGACGGCAAGCGCGAUGGGGGCCCUGGGCAGGCUUCCCUGGACGAUGACGAUACCUUUGAGGAUGGUCUGCUGGUGGAGGAGCUAUCCCUGUGCGGCUCUGCCCAGCACUUCUCCCACAGCGGGCUGCGGGUGGUGGAGCACCGGUGUGAGGGCAGCCCUGGCCGCAGCCCCAAGGCCGGCAGAGAGGACAAGUCGCAGGAUGUCGUCUCCUCCUCCUCCUCAUGGCCUCAGCACAUUGCUUGCAGUACUUUGCACAUGAGAGACAGUUGCCCUGUCUCAUCGGGGGAUCAGCCUAUGGACUAUGGGGAGAAUGGGGAGCUGGCAAGUGGCCACAACUCACUUCACCUUGAUUUGCACAGUAUUGCACAAACAGCCCGCCUAGACUCUGGCGGGAAGACAGAGAAGCCAGGGAGCAGCCCAGCUCACAGCAGCAGGGCUAGCGGAGAAGAGGAAUGGCCAGUGGUGGCCAACGGGUGCAAGGAGCCCCCAGCUCCGCAGACAACACUCAGCCCUGAGCCCAGCAACCUGAGCUCCCUGGAGAAGACACCCUGCGGGAGCAGCCAGCUCAGCGGCAGCAGCUGCCCGGCCAAAAGGAAGCUGCUACCUGCUGGUGAGGUUGUGGCCGACUCCUGCUCUGAGGAUGAGACCCUGUCCCCGCCGGCAAGGAAGAGGGUCCUGCCGUGCCAUCCAGUGCCCACAGCCUGCCGCAGCACUGAUGCCAAGGGGGCCCCGUUCUGGAAUCAUCUGCUUCCCACGGCCAAGAGCUCUGCAGAUUGCACUGCGGUUGGGAGGAGGUUGAAGAGCGGGCUGCGCCUCAAAUCGCGACAUCUCCGGAGCAGCCUCCGCAGGGGUACCAGGUCCUCCGCAGCGCCCUGGGCCACUACCACCGUCAGCCAUGCUCUGCUGGGCAACUUUGAGGAGUCCAUCCUGAAAGGGCGCUUUGCACCGUCGGGGAGGAUCGAGGGGUUCACGGCAGAGAUCGGUGCCAGCGGCUCCUACUGCCCGCAGCAUGCCACCCUGCCUGUUGACGUCACCUACUUCGACAUCUCUGAACACAGCGCACCCUCGCCUUUCCUGGGAGUGAUUGACUUGGAGGCCUUGGGAAAGAAGGGUUACAGUGUCCCCAAAGCUGGAACCAUCCAAGUGACCUUAUUUAACCCCAACAAGACUGUGGUGAAGAUGUUCUUGGUGACGUACGACUUCCAGGACAUGCCGGCCAACCACAUGACCUUCCUACGCCAUCGCAUCUUCCUGGUGCCCGUGGGGGAGGAGGAAGGGGCCACCGUGGCCCCCAGCGACCCACCAGGCUCUGGCCCACCCCGCAGGGUCCUCUGCUACCUGAUGCACCUAAGGUUUCACAGCUCCAAGUCGGGGAAGAUCUACCUUCACGAUGACAUCCGGCUGCUUUUCUCCCGCAAGUCGAUCGAGGUUGACUCUGGGAUCCCCUAUGAACUAAAAUCCUUCACGGAGAUGCCGAGGAACCCCUGCUACUCUCCCCGGGCCUGA